AUGAACGCUCAAGAACUUACUCACUACCUCGCCGACGCGCCCCCGAGCGUCGUCAGGCUCGAGAUCGAGAAGCACUUCGAGCCCCUCACCGACAAGCAAAAGCGCUAUGCGCACUUCAUCAGCAAAGCCUCAUUCGCCGGCACUCGCAUCGUGCUCAGACAGAUCUCCCCGGAGUCGGAGCCAAUUUACGACUUCAUCAUCGCUCUCCACAAGGCAAGCGGUGGCGACUGGAACGCUCUCGCCAAAAAGGCCGGCGUCGACGAGACCCAAUUGACCCAUUUCCUGGAGUAUUCGGCCCAGUUCUUGGGAAACAACGGCAACUACAAGAGCUUCGGCGACUCCAAGUUUAUACCCAGGGCAGAUGAGGAGACGUUCGCUGCUCUCGCAGCCACCUCUCCCGAGGCGGAGCGCUUCUACAAGGCGACCAACGGUGGCAUCUUCAGCGCUGAAAAGCCCGGACUGAUGCAUCUUGGCUUCCCUGACAAGGGUCACCUGACCACUUACUACCCUGACUCUCCUCACAUUACCCAAGCCGAGAUUGACGCGGUCUCGGCCUGGAUGGAAAAGAAGGGUCUCCUGCCUGAGAACACCAGACUUCGUAAGACGGAAAAUGGCUUCGACAUGCUCAUCGCCUCAGCUGUGACUACUGUUCCCGAGGAAGGAGGCGACAUCGGCAAGGAGACCGAGUUUCAGAUCGAAGACGGUCCUCUCAAGGGCAAGACCAUCAAGCUGGUGUACGGCGAUUACUCGGAGGAGAUGAAGAAGGCCGCCGAGUACAUCAAGAAGGCCGGCGACAACAGCGACAACGAUACCCAGAAGAAGAUGCACGAUGCAUACGCCAAGUCUUUCACUACGGGCUCUUUGGAGGCCUUCAAGGACAGUCAGCGGUACUGGAUUAGGGACAAGGGCCCGAUGGUUGAGAGUGAUCUGGGUUUCGUCGAGACCUACAGAGAUCCGGCGGGUAUUCGUGGCGAGUGGGAAGGCUUUGCUUCUGUCGUCAACCUCGAGCGCACCCGUGCCUUUGGCGAGCUCGUCUCUUCCGCACCGAAGUUGAUCCCUCUUCUGCCCUGGGGCAAGGAGUUCGAGAAGGACAAGUUCUUGUCCCCUGACUUCACCUCCCUUGAGGUGCUGACCUUCGCCGGCUCCGGUAUCCCUGCUGGAAUCAACAUUCCGAACUACGACGAUAUCAGACAAACUGAGGGCUUCAAGAACGUCUCCCUUGGCAACGUCCUGAGCGCUAAGGCACCAAACGAAAAGAUCCCAUUCAUUUCGGAGUCCGACCUGGAGCUGUACCAGAAGUACAGAGAUCCUGCUUUUGAAGUCCAGGUUGGUCUUCACGAACUGACCGGCCACGGCUGCGGUAAGCUUCUCCAGGAAACCUCGCCCGGAACCUACAACUUCGACAAGGAGAACCCGCCCGUCAGCCCCUUGAACAACAAACCAAUUACCACGUGGUACAAGCCCGGUCAGACCUGGGGCUCGGUAUUCGGUAGCAUCGCCGCCUCGUACGAGGAGUGCCGCGCUGAGCUCGUGGCCAUGUACUUGGGCUGCGAAUUCCCCGUACUCAAGAUCUUUGGCUUCGGCGACGGAUCCACGGAUAUCAACAACGAGGCCGGCAGUGUUCUCUACGCUGCUUACCUGCAGAUGGCGCGUGCUGGUUUGGUCUCCCUGGAGAUGUGGGAUCCCAACAGCCAGAAAUGGGGCCAAGCUCACUCCCAGGCCCGCUUCUCUAUCCUCCAGUGCUUCCUGCAAGCGGGCGAUGACUUCUGCAAGCUUGAGUACAAGAACGAGGAUCUGUCCGACCUGGAGAUUAAGCUGGACCGCUCUAAGAUUCUGACGACAGGACGCGAAGCUGUUGGCAAGUAUCUCCAAAAGCUCCACGUCUACAAGUCCACCGCCGAUGUCGAGAAUGGCAUCGCCUUCUAUAAGGAGAUGACCAACGUCGAUAUGGACUUCUGGGGAACCAAGGUCCGAAACAUCGUCUUGAAGAACAAGCAGCCCCGCAAGGUCUUCGUCCAGGCGAACACCUACGUCGACGAGGCCUCCGGUAAGGUCAGCAUCAAGCACUAUGAGGCAUCGCCUGCCGGCAUCAUCCAGAGCUGGGCCGACCGCGAAUUGUGA